GUCGUUCAGUCAUGUUCAAGUAUAUAUCCAACGACGAACUCGCGGCGAUCAUCAAAUCCAAGGACAAGGUGGCACUCCGGGACUAUAUUGUGAUCGACGUGCGCGACGAUGAUUAUCGGGGUGGAAACAUAGUGAAUGCACUCAACAGCCCUUCGGGGCAAUUCCUCGCGAACGUGGACGAUCUUGUCAAGAAGACGAAGGAUAUACCGAUUGUCGUUUUCCAUUGCGCACUCUCACAAGUGAGAGGACCGAAAGCCGCUCGGAUAUACUCGCAAACGCGAGACAUGCUCCAAAGUGAAGGGCAGGACAAAGCUCACGAGGUGUUGGUCCUUCGAGGGGGUUUCACGGAAUUUCAAGCAAAAUUCAAGGACGACCCAGAACUUGUCGCGAAUUAUGAUCCCGAGGCGUGGCAAUCCGAGUGGAUCUGAGCCGGAUUUGCCUGAACCAUGCUGGAACUAUGCCUGCUCGUGCAAAAAUAACGAAGUGCCGGCAACGGCGGGGCCAUUCACGCAGUUUUAUGAAGGCCGUCAGCACAUGGCAUGUGGGUAGAAGCACUAUGUCCACUUGUCCAUGGAUUGGGCGAUCUACGCAUGGGGCAAGUACAACUAAGCACGAGUUCAUUGCUUGCGCGGCGUUUCGUUGGGGUUUUCAGUGCCCUCCUUUGCGGGGUCGAGCUCAGUCUGAACCUGUUUCGGGUCCUGACCAUCAGUAGAUUUCGACCGGGCGUCGCCUUGGUUGAGGGGCUCGCGACCUCCGGCCACAGUGCUAGGUUUCGAUGUCUGCUCCACGUCUCCCUCGGACUUCUCGUCUUGACCGGGAGCGCCUCCGUCGAAUUCUGAAGUCUCUCCCUGCUGGGUGCUCUUGCCUUCCUCUGCUUCCUCAGCGUCCUUAGGCGAGUCAGCUUGGUAGGCCUCCGUAAUGCUUUCUUUCACUUCUGCCGCUGGAACUUCGGUCCCUUCGUCAUCCUUGGUGGGGGUGGGGGUGUGGGGAAUCUCCUUGGCGUCAUGACCAUGUGAGCCCUGAUGUGCAGCAGCAUGAUGUGUUCCGGGAUGUUGGGUCAGGAUGUAGUAGGUCGUAGGAAAUGUGAUCACACCAGCGCCGAUCAGCCAGGGCAAAUCACUAGACUUGGCCUUGACCUCGUCCGCUGCAUGUGUGCUAGCCCAACGCUGACCACCAGCGCGGGAUGUGCCAGCAGAGGUGCGGCGAGCAGCAAGGCGGAAAAGUUGGCGAGCAAAGCGAGACGACAUUGACCUUUUGGAUGCUCUAGUGAUAAUAAUGCACGGCGAGGAUAUACGUACGGAGGACCUCG